AAUGAGUUAGAGUGAUGUUCCUACAUAAUGUCUAAGCCAAGUUAUCACAGUAAUGCUUUUCAAGCAUAAUGAGGACCAUGAAACCAGCACAACUUAUAAUUGGGCUGGGAACAUCAGGCAGUUACGUAUGGAGCAGGACAGUGACUUUAGAUUUUGGCACUGAAAACAAUUAUUAACUGAAAAAGGAAACAUUGGUAACUUUCAAUAAAUAAUUGACUUAACGUUUCAUUUUUGACCAUGCACAUAUGUUAUAUUAUUCACAUAUUUUUGCAUUCUGAUGUGUUUUUAAUCUUUAAACGGACAGCUUCUAUUUAGUGUCAAAUUAUUUCAGUUUCAAUUCUCUGUCACUGUUGUGGAGGGUUGGAGAGGUUUGAGGGGAGGGGACAAGAAGAGUGAUUUCCAUAUAAUUUUCAUGCUACAAAAACUGUCCUCGCUCUAUAGUUACGACACACCUUGAACAACAUAGAAGGGUUGUUAAUUGAUGCUAUGUUUUGCCUUCAUAAGUUUCCUUUUAUUGUGUUCUAUAUUAGCUUUUUUAUAUAAGUUGUACAGUUAAGACUGAGAUAAAGGCUUGGAUGGUAUAACAUGUCUGUGAUUAAAGGCCAAAUACUUAAAAUCACCCAACUCAACCUGUGUGCUAUGAAGGGCUCAGAGUCUUCAGAGUUUCAGUCCUACAAGUCAAGUAAUUGAACUUCAUCCAGACUACAGAAGCAAAGUACAAACAGUGAUCAGCACAUGUUCCUCAUCAAGAGAGGAGGAGGUGAUCAGUGAAUGAAGGUGGUGUAAUGUUUGGAACUGCAGACUUUGACCAACAUGGCAGCGUUUGAGACACCUGUUGGAAAUAAUAUUCGGAUGGCCUUGCUUGAAAAAAAAAACAAAAACAAAAAAACACAAAAUCAUCACAAAAGAUCCAAAACAGGAUGAUAGUUUUAAAUUCUAUUACACGAAUAAGGAAGUGUAACGACUGCAAGAUUGAAGUUUGUAAUUUCUGCUGAACAACAGCAGAAAUUAUUUUUAUCAUAAAACUAUUUUCACUGAGAAAAAUUGCUUUCAUUGUAUAUAAUAAUGCACUGCUCUGGCAUAAUAACAAUGCAGCAGGCUUCAUUCAUGCAACAAUGUCUAAUUUAAGAGAAGUGACUCACUGCUAAUUCACCCUGUGUCUGCGAGAGAUGAAGAGAAAUCAGCUUUAAAAAGUUUAGCAUAUUUUACUUAUGAUUUUGUAUUUUUACAGUGUUGAAAAAUGUGUUUAUUAAACUACAAUGUUUAAUGUUUUAGUCAGACCCAUGUCAGUGUUUUUAUUUAAAUAAAAUAAAUGUAUAACUGGAUGAGCUCAAGUUAGAUUUGUCGAAUCAUGUUCAGGUCUGUUUGGGUUCAGGCAAGAAUUUUGUACAGUAGAACUGUAAAAUUUAAAGACUUCAUAAGAUUAUCAGGAUGAAUAUAAGAUGACAGUAAAUAUUAAAAAGUGACCUUUAAUGGAAAUCACAAUGCAAAUUUGACUGAAGAAAAAUAGUGAAAAAUGCAGCCUAUAAAACAUGUACAUGCUGCGAUUUGAAAUUGACCUGUGAAUACUGGUUAAUAAUAAGCCAGGCUCUACUAUAAAUCUUUUGGUUCCUCACACUGCAGUCCAAAGGACACACUCAGUCAGAUUUGGAUCUGAGCAGACUAAUUUCCAUCCUAACCCUGCUCAUAAAAUUCCCACUGACUCACAGAAUAAAUCCUCUUCUUACAGAAUUGCUCCACUCAAAAACUGUAAACAAAAAUAAUCAGCUUUUUAGCUUUUCUACACGAACAUUUAUCCCAACAAAACACUGAAAGGGAGUACACAUUUUAUUUUUUUGAAUACAGAAGGAAGUUGCAUCUAAAGAGAGAUGUAUUAUCAAACCUUCCUGUAACCACUAGUUAUGCUUGUUUUGCUAGUUUCAUUUACAGCAAAAUGAAAGCUAAGCUACGCCUGCUCACAGAUAAACACAGAGAUCAGUUCACAACAGAUCAGACAGAUCAGACAGCAGGCAGCAGCAGACUAACGCAGGAUGAUGAAGAUGUCAGGAAGAGUCACGAGUUGCUGUGUAGCUCUGUUCCUUGUCCUGAACGCUGUGUCAGCGGUGACAAGGCUCAAAUCAAUCAGUGAUUUAAAGAAAAUCAAUUUUGGCCCAUCUGUGCCCAAGCACAGUCUGAUUCUGCUCCACUGGUUUGCCAACACAGUUAACAUGGACAAUAACAAUUUCAUAUGGCUGACCUUUGACCCGAACAGUGGAGACUAUGGAUCACAUCAUUAUGGCAACUAUGAGGGGCUACUGGAACCACUGCCUUGGGGAUAUCGGUACUACACUAUUGGAAAUCUCUAUCAAGAGACGUCCGUGGAACUUCCACCUUAUGUUGCCAAUCCCUCACUGGAGUAUUCGGGAGAAAACAGGGACAGGAUCAUAAUUAGAGUCCAGGAGCAGAACACAGGACGUGGAGGUUUGCAGAUAGACCAAGUGUAUAUCACACAGCAUUAUGACACUUCUGAACAUCAGGGGACACCUUAUGAUCCAGAGCAAACCUACCAGAUCACUACUAACCUCUUAAGACAGAUCAGAGCGUUUUCAGUGAGAGAAAACCAACGGCCACUGUUGACUCUCAGAAACCGCUUUGGAAGUAGUGCCGAUGUUUCCUCCAUCGCCAACACGUGGGGUAACCUUGCUUGCCUCGGGCUGCUGCUGUAUAUUGUGAUUGAGGAGAAGUACUCCUCUAACCAACGCAACAACAGACCGGAAAACAACAGACCGAAAAACGACAACCGACCAAAAAACAACAACAGACCUAAAAACAACUACAGACCAGAAAACAAUUACAGACCAGAAAACCAUUACAGACCAGAAAACUAUUACAGACCAGAAAACUAUUACAGACCAGAAAUUAACAGCAGACCGGAAAACAGACCAUGUCAAUGCAGUCUUUGUUCUUUGGUGAAGUACUGUUUCAUAAUAUUUAUUUUGGUUUCAUUAAUUAUUUUUUUGGCCGUUUAUUUUUCAGUCCUUCAGAAGAAAUGAGAGAGAGAGUAAUGUUCCCAGAUAUUGUCUGAACCAAGGUGUGAUGGUGGAGCUUUCUAGAACAAUGAGGACUAUGAAACAAGCACAACUCGUAAGUCAACUGGGAACACUGAAGCGACUUUAGAUUUUGGCACUGAAAACAAAAAUUAAAUCAAAAAGGAAACACUGGAAUUGAAACACAUGUAUUCAGAAAGUUGUGCAUGUUAGGCACUAAAUAAUCCAAACGUCCAAUAAGGAAUGAAUGCAAUACCCUCUUUUUUGACAAUGUGAUUACAAUCUCAUUUUAUCUUGAUAUAUUUUGCAUUUCUCAAAGACAAUCAAAGGCUUUUCUUCAUGUCAGUCUAUAUUUACUCAAAGUUUAUUUUGUACGCUGACAGUUUUUAUUGUGUUCUGUGUUGAAAAUUGUGUUUAUGAAACAAUAAUGUGUCAGAUUUUAUUUUAAAGUUGGAUGAUCACAGGUUUGCUGUACAAAAUAAAAGAUAAAGACCA